AUGAGUAUAGAAGGAUUGAAACAAACUAAAUUACUUUUGAUUGGAGAAACAGGUGUUGGUAAAAGUUCAUUAGGUAAUUUUAUUCUUAAAAGUGAUGUUUUUAGUGAAGGUGAUAGUAAUAAUUCAGUUACAAAAGAUACUAUUGGAUAUUUUGGAGAAGGAGAUAGAAGUGAUGUAUUUGUUAUUGAUACUCCUGGUCUUAAUGAUACUUGUGGUUUUGAUAAUGAAGGUAUUCAAAAUAUUAUUGAAUGUGUUAAAAACACAGGAUUACAAGGAAUUGUAUUAACAAUGAAUUAUAAUGUAGAUAGAUUUUAUGCCAGUCUUAAACAAGUUGUUAAAGUUAUAUCUGAUAUUUUCCUAUUUUCAGAAUUUUGGAAACAUACAUGCAUUGUAUGGACUAAAUGUUAUAAUUUCAUACCACGAAAGAAAAUUGAAAAAUAUAAAAUUGAGAAAGAGAAAUUCAAAGAAGAAAUGAUUGAAUUUAUUAAACAAACAAAUAAAAUAAAUGAAAAUAUUGAUAUUCCAAUGUUUUUUGUAGAUUCACAACCAGAAGAAGAUUAUGAUAAUACAAGAACAGAAGAAGAAAUAGUAAAAUUAAUCAAAUGGGCAAGAGGAUUAAAACCAUUUGAUAAAGAAGAAAUCAAUAAAAUAAUAAAUGAAUACAAAGAAAUUAUUUAUGAAGAAAAAGAAGGACAUGAAACAAUAGAAAGAUUGAAACAAACUAAAUUACUUUUGAUUGGAGAAACAUGUGUUGGUAAAAGUUCAUUAGGUAAUUUUAUUUUAAAGAAGAAUGUUUUUAUGGUUUGUGAUGGUCUAAAUUCAGUUACAAAAGAGGGUGCUGGAUAUUUUGGAGAAGGAGAUAGAAGUGAUGUAUUUGUUAUUGAUACUCCUGGUCUUAAUGAUACUUGUGGUUUUGAUAAUGAAGGUAUUCAAAAUAUUAUUGGAUGUGUUAAAGUUACAGGAUUACAAGGAAUUAUAUUAACAAUGGAUUAUAAUAGCUGUAGACUUUCUGGUAAUCUUAAAUAUAUUGUUAAAGUUAUAUCUGAUGCUUUCCCAAUAAAAGAUUUUUGGAAACAUGUAUGUAUUGUAUGGACUAAAUGUUAUAACUGUUAUUCACAAAAGAAAAUUGAAAAAGAUAAAAUUUUAAAAAAUGAAAUCAAAGAAGAAAUGAUUGAAUUUAUUAAACAAACAAAUAAAAUAAAUAAAAAUAUUGAUAUUCCAAUGUAUUAUGUAGAUUCACAACCAGAUGAUGAAGAUUAUGAUAAUACAAGAUCAGAAGAAGAAAUAGUAAAAUUAAUAAAAUGGGCAAGAGGAUUAUCAUCAUUUGAUAAAGAAGAAAUCAAUAAAUUAAUAGGUGAAUUUAAAGAAAUUGGAUAUGAAGAAAAAGAAGAAUGUAAAAUAAUAGAAGAAACAAAAUAUAAUAUAACAUAUAAAAUAACAAAUAUAUAA